AUGUACAUUCCGAAUUCCAAAUGGACCUGGCUAUUUGUUGCCAUUGCUGUCAUCCAGGCUGCUGUGAUUCUCGGCCUCGAGGCAUAUGUUUUUGCUGAUUUUCAGAUCCACCUUGAAACCCCUGCAGACUCAAAAAGCACAUCAAAGACAAUCCCGACUUUUCUUUCGCUCUAUAUUUUCGGUUUCGUCUACGAAUUGGUUUUGGUUUACGAUGCCCUUCGGCUCAAGAACACUAUCCAGAUUAUUGGACUCUGUAUCUGCAACGUUGGACUGCUGAUCUACGGUGCUGUGCAAAUCGAACAGAUCCAGGAUGCGGUCGCAUCCUUGCAUCAUUAUUUGGACGAUGACCUUUGGCAAAAAGCCAAACCAAUUCUCAUCGCAAUCCCUUGCAUUCUUGCUUUCACCUCAAUUUUGAUGGUUUUCGUGGCUUGGAAACUGUACGAUGAAUUUGCAUGGACUAUUUACAAACACAUCAGUGCCGAUCUGCGUAUGAAGAGACGAUAUCUCACCUACCAGAUCUACAUUGCGUUGCUGAAGUUUGAUUUCUUUUUCUUCUUGGGAUUCACCGUACAAUUCGUGGUGAUUGUCACCGGCAAAACUGAUACUGAAUUUGCUUUGACACUCGCUGCCAUCCCAGUCACCAUUAUCAUUCUCUUCUUCGCCGCAUACUUCACGAGACGCGAGAGUACUCCUGGGAUGCUCGUCAUUAUUCUUUUGUAUUUCGGUGCCUUGGCGUACUUCCUCUUCAAGUUGGUACGCAUGUAUCAGCCAGCCAAGGAGGCGGAAUAUGCCCCAGCACGACGAUCAUUGACUUUCUUUGCCGUCAUUACCCUAUUCCUCAUUGUAGGAACAAUUAUUAACGCGAUUUUAUGCACAAACAAUUUCCAUAAGGGACUCAAACCUCAUAUCUGGAAGAUUCGUAGAAGCAACGAUGAGGAGAAGUCUACCGAACUAGGCUCAAGAGUGCCUGGCGAAGGGAUUCCCGCACGGAUGAUGAUUGACUAA